UACAGAUGUGUCAGUUUGAACGAAUCACUACCAAACUUCAUUUUAAAGUAAUUUUGUGGAAGACAGAAAUCAGAUACAAUGGUGUUGCUUACGAUGAUUUUUCGUGUGGCAGAUGGUAUGCCAUUAGCUGCGUCGAUGCAAGAGGACGGUCAGUCGGGGCGAGAUCUGCAGCAGUAUCAGACCCAGGCCAAACAAUUAUGCCGAAAACUCAAUGAGCAGAGUCCUUCUCGGUGUAGUCUCGAAGCUGGAGAAAUGACUUUUCACUAUGCCAUUGAGAAAGGAGUAUGCUAUUUGGUUUUAUGCGAGGCUGGGUUUCCCAAAAAACUAUCCUUUGCUUACCUGGAGGACAUUGAGACAGAAUUCAAUGAGCAGUAUGGGAAAAAAGUACCGAAAGCCUCACGGCCAUACUCAUUCAUCGAGUUUGACACCUACAUACAGAAAACCAAAAAGUCUUACAUCGACAGCAGAGCACGGAGAAACUUGGGCAACAUCAACACAGAGCUCCAGGACGUCCAGAGGAUCAUGGUGGCUAACAUUGAGGAGGUUCUUCAACGAGGAGAGGCUUUGUCGGCUUUGGACUCCAAGGCCAGUAAUCUAUCCAGCCUGUCUAAGAAGUACCGCAGUGACGCCAAAUACCUGAACACUAGGUCCACAUACGCUAAAGUCGCGGCCGGCGCCUUCUUCUUCAUCGCACUCAUCGUGUACGUGCGUUUCUGGUGGUUCUAAGAAAGGUGUCCAGCAUCGAGGCCCAGUGAAAAAUAAAACUCUUAUGUCUGAGAAGGAAACUGGCACGCAGGAAAAGUUAAGAAA